GGGCACCUCCCAGUCGGAUGCUGGAUGGAUACACUUUGAAAAUCUCUGCACUGGUGUGAAUGAGAACCACUCUGUCAGUGGCCGCGAUCACGACAGGGGAAGAACGAUGGGCACCAUGGCGCGCACGCGGCGGCAGGUGCACUUUUCGCUUGCAGUUAUUUUCUUCUGUUGCACAGAUGCCCAGCGGGUGUUUAGAAUUGAUCCUCAUACUGGAAGCACAAACGGAGCGACAAGAAUCACCAUAAAAGGGGAAGGUUUUGCCCAGGAGAAUCAGUUUUCACUGAACCCCGAGGAUGCUGACUUUGGGAACAGUGUGACUCUUGUGUCCAAGACCCGGUCUUUUCCUUGCGAUGUGGAGCGGGACUCCACCCAUGCCAACCAGAUCUUGUGCUACACAAGGGCCAUGCCUCGCGAUGACUACCACAUCCGCGUCAGUGUGGAUGGGAAGCCGAUUCCCACCAGCCGACUCUGCAAUGGCUGGUACACUCACUACAUCUGCAGUUUCUAUACUCGAUGGUGGGCCACUCCUUCAAUUCACAGUAUUGGUCCCUUCACCGGGACGCCAGGUACCUUGAUUCAGAUGUGGGGUCGAAUCUUCACGGAUGUCUACGGGAGCAACACAGACACAAGCACCAACGGCCUCAACGUCAGAUUCCUGAGGGCCUACAUGGGCGGGAUGCCCUGUGAACUGCUGAAGCCCAACUCUGAUGAUCUCUAUGGCAUACAGCUAGAUUCUGAGACCAGCAGGAAUGGCCGCAUGAACUGCUCAAUGACUGGAACAUACAUCGGUCAUCACAACCUGAGUUACAUCCUGGACAGUUCGUAUGGAAGGAGUCAACCUGACGAGAAGGUCUUCUUUGUCUCUGGUUUGAACAAGUUGUCCAUGUUCCAGACCUAUGCAGAGGUGACAGGAAUCUCCCCGUCCGAGGGCAGUGUCCUGGGGGGCACACUCCUGACCAUCAGGGGGCGCCACUUUGAUGAAACUGAUAAGCCAGUGGAGGUUUUGGUUGGAGGUCAGAAAUGCAAGGUGAUGAGUGUGAGUGAUGACAAGAUCACGUGCAGGACGCCCAGACACACAUGGACCAACAUGACCGUCUUCCCAGGUGGUCGAGGUGUUAAGAUGGAGCUGUGGAACGUGUCUCGGCCCAGUAAUGUGGAGGACAUCUUGGGUUACGACUCCAGCAUGGCCGACUACUCUCUGCACUGGUUGGACACCCUGAGGCACGAGUACCCCAUCGAGAUCCACCAGUUUGCCGCCAAGCUAUCGGGCUUCUUCGUUCCCAUGGACACCGAUCGCUAUCGCUUCUACAUCAAGGGAGACGACCGCUACCAGCUCUACCUCAGUCUCACCGGCAGACCUGAAGACAAGAAACUGAUCGCCUACAGGAAUGGCGUGACCGGCAGCUUCUACUCAUCUGAGUCCCAGAAGUCGGAGAGCAUGGAGCUGGAGAAGGGCAAGGCGUACUACAUUGAGGUCCUGCUGGUGGAUUAUGGCUGGACGGGUUCGGUGCAGGUGGGCGUGUUUAAAUGGAAGAGCCCCUACACCAACGCUCAGGCCUUCGAGGCCAGCAACGAGAAACAGGUCCUCUUCAGCAGAUACGACAUCCUCACAGAGAAACAGGUGUUGCGCUUCGAUGGCUGGGGUGCCACAAAGGCCGCCGUGAAGGAGGUGCAGACCUUCACCGUGAGCAGUGGCUGUUUCUCCUCCUCCUCAUGUGCCUCCACUUUCUACACGCUGGGCUACGGAGCGCAGAGGACUGGGCCAGUGGCUGUGAGUGCAUCAGCAGAUGACAUUGCCACUGCUCUAAAUGGACUCUGGUCAAUUCAGCCCGACUCUGUCUCUGUCACCAAGAGCGAUCUGGGCUCGUCAGCGCAAUACACUGUGACGUUCAACUCCGAACGAGGUGAUUUCGAAAGCCUGUCCUUCUGGAGUAUGGGCAGUGAUGUCACAGUGACCGUCACCGAGGCAACCAAAGGGGUGGGGAGCCUGGAGACUUUCACCGUCCUGUGGGGCGGAAUCCCAUCCGGCCCUAUCCUAUUCAACGCCUCUGAGGCAGAGAUGUUGGAGGCCCUGAUGAAAAUGGCCAGUGCUGAUUGUCCUGCCAACCUGCUGACUACGGAGAGCAUGGCAGUCAAAUACAGCAGAAACUACGAGGACGAGCACACUGGGUUUCCUGAAGACAUGGACAACAGGGGGACAGUUGUGGCGGAGACGGAGGCGUACUGCGGGCGUCGGUCCCUCAAGAACCCUGAGAUCCUCUUCAGCUCCGAAGACACCACGGAGACCGGCGGGAAGUACGGAGAAGUCAACAUCGAGCAGCAUACGAUGCUCUGCCUUGCCUACAAAGGAGGCCUGAAGAACGAACUGGGUGUGAAGUUCUCCUACGUCAACUCUCAGGGUGUUAAAGAAGACGUCACUGCCACAGUUCCUCUACCGGCUGCCGACGGAUCAGGGUGGCAGUAUGCGUGUGUGGACCUGAUGAGUUCGCUGCAGACUACCUAUAUGGGCAGCAACUACAUGAUGUCAGAGCUGCAUCUCUCCAAGGACGAGGAGGCUGAAAUGGAGGAGGACUACUAUGUGGACGCAGUUCACCUGGGGAGGAUGCCCACCGUCACCAGCAACAUGAUGCUGCAGCAGAGAAGGCCUCCUGCCCUGGCAGACUCAGGUCACAUCCUGGACGAGGUCAGCGUGGUGAAGAGCAUGGAGGGCUCCAGCGUCAGCUAUGAGAUCAGCAGCUCGCCCUUCGACUGCGCCUUCGACUUCCGUCUCAUGGAGCUCGGCUUCAUGCAGGCUGCCGCUAACAUGGUUCCAGGAGUUCAGGUGUACAGUCAGAGCGGCGCAAAUGUGACUGUUACACGCACACAGAGUGCAAGCCCCCCACUCACCGGCACCUUUGACCUGGAGAUAUACGGACAACGCAUUGAGGGGCUGUCUGUGGACGUAUCAGCUGACGACCUGAAGUAUGCGCUGCAGGGAAUCCCAGAGAUGGGGGCGAUUAAUGUCAAGCCACGAGGCAGCUGCAGAGGCCGCGAGUGGGUCAUCGACUGGGUUAGCAAUCCUGGAAGACAACCUGUUCUUCAGUUGAACAGCUCCAAUGUGGUGGGAGUGGAGCCCAGGAUGGGAGUCCAGGUGAGGACGGAGGGAGGACUGUUCAUGCAGACCAUCAUAGGAGACCAGCUGCGCACACCUGAAGACAAACCACAGGUGGAAGUUCGCAUCAAUGGCAUCCCCUCUAAGUGCUCAGCAGACUGUGGCUUUGGCUGGAGUGAGGACAAGACCCCCCUGGUCACCGGCAUCUCCCCUGCACAGGGAUCCAGUAGUCUUGGGACGGUCCUGACCAUCAGUGGAACUGGUUUCCUCAGCCAGAACGCCACCGUUUGGAUCGGAACCACCGAGUGCUCUGUCACCCAAGUCACAGAGACGCAGGUGAUGUGCUCGGUUGGCGCCGCCCGCGCUGGCGUUUACCCCGUCAUGCUGAGCAUCCCCAGCCUCGGCAACGCACGUUACCAAGGAGACCAGACCUUCAACUUCACCAGCCAGCUCACUGUCUCCUCGCUGUCGCCGACCUCAGGCAGUGUGACAGGUGGUGCGGUGCUGACGGUGACAGGCUUCGGGUUUGGUCCGGACACGGAGGUGACGAUCGGAUCGCAGAUGUGUGAGGUGCUGGAAGUGGACAUCAACCAACUCCAGUGCAGAGUUCCUCCCGCAUCAGUCGGCUCCCAGACGGUGACGGUGACAGUGGGAGAGAUGAGCCAGGCGGCAGCAGACACUUACACCUACAGCGACAGCCUCACCGCAACCAUCACCAGCAUCAGCCCACCAACCACCACAGUCAGCGGCCACAGGCUUCUGGUGGUGGAGGGAACCAACUUUGGCGUUCAGGGCAAUGACAGCAGAGUGUUUGUGGGUGAGAGAGAGUGCCACCUGGUGGACUGGAACGCUACUACCAUCGUCUGUGCCCUGCCGGCACUGGCCCCUGACACGUAUCACAUCAUGGUGCAGCUAGGCAACCUGGGAUACCCCAAAGUUAGUGCUGGAGUGAACGCCAGCAUAGAGUAUGUGCUGGAGGUGUCGGGGGUCACCCCACGCCAGGGCUCUCUGUACGGGGGAUCCAGACUCACCAUCACCGGCUCUGGCUUCAGCACCAACACCAGCCACAACACAGUCAUGCUAGGCGACAGGAGCUGUGAUGUCAUCGAGGCCUCUGAGCAUCACAUCCAGUGUGAGGUGCAGUCAGGAGCCAAGACACACACCGUCACCAACCAGGGCUCCCACCCAACGUAUGGGGAGGGCUAUGCGUGGAGCCCCCCGGGUGUGAUGGCCUGGGUGGGGGACACGGUGGCGUGGCGCUGGGAGGCUCCAGCCUUCCUCCAGGACGUCGGCUUCCGGGUCUUCAGCGUGUCCAGCCCCAGCAGCACCACACCUGACGGGGUCGCUUUCACCAGCGGAGACGCCAAGACACCCACUGGUGUUUUCCGCUACCAGUUCACCAGGCCUGGUGUGUACUACUACAGCAGUGGCCAUGUGGACAGUGAGGGCCAGAAGAGCCUUCAGGGGGUGGUGACCGUGCGGCCGUUGGAGCAAGGCAACACACAGCUCCACGUCAGCGUGGCCGGAUUCAACGCCCUCAGCAGACCAGCCCCGAGCCGCAUGAGGAGGGAUGCUGACGAGUGUCCUGCCGUGACGUCCAGCUGCUCUGAUGCUGAUGCUUCCUCCAAUGACACAUCAUCCUCGUCUGACGACGUCGGCAUCAGCUUUGACUUCUCCCCCUGUGCCAGUCCUGCCGUGCAUACCAUAUCGCCCUCCAGUGGCCACGCUUAUGACUACAUCCACAUCCAGGGCGAGGGCUUUGGCAACCAGACAUGCGCCGUAGAGGUGACGAUUGGAGAUCACCCGUGCCCGGUGAUCAACAGCACCGCCACCGAGAUCUUCUGUCAGCCCCGGAGAGACAGCUGCGCAGAAAUCGGCACCCCGCUCCCCGUCACCGUGCGCAUCAAAGGCCUCGGUACGGCCAUCAACACGGCGCUGAGCGAGCUGGACCGACGCUUCGUCUUCCUCCCCGUGGUGGACUCCAUCAGCCUGGACGAGGGCAGCUCCACCGGACACACACACCUGACCAUCAGGGGCUCCGGCUUCGCUCCGUGUCUCAACCCUAAUGCGGGUGACCUGGCUGUGAGUGUAGCCGGCCUCCCGUGCGAGACGCUCUGGUCGAACUACACCAUGGUCAUGUGUCGAACCUCCCCAUCCAGCUCCUCUCCCCGCAGUGGGCCAGUGGUCGUGCACGUGGGCAGCAUCACAUCCACCUGCCUGGGAGACGACUGCACCUACACCUACCUGGCCUCUCUGGCUCCACAGGUGUACGACGUCAACCCAGACACCAUCAAUGGCAACCUUACCACCGUGCUCGUCAACGGCACCGGCUUCGGCACUGAUGCCUCUAACGUGUUGGUGCACGCCGGAACAUACGAACUGGAUGUGACCGCGGUAACCGACUCCACCAUCACCCUCUCUGUGGGCCCCCUCCCUGGCGGAACACACCCUGUGACAGUCGUCGUGACAACCCGAGGGCUGGCCUUGUCAGACGGGGUGACGCUGACUAGUGAAGUGGUGGCCGCGUUGAGUCCAGGGUCGGGCAGCACUGCUGGCGGCACCCCUCUGAAGCUGACUGGUAACGGCUUCCUGGUGGGCAACACCAGCGUGAUGGUGGGUGGCGCCCCCUGUGAGAUCCUGGAGGUAAUGCCAGGAGAGGUGCUGUGCCUGACUCCUCCCCAUGCUGCUGGGUCGGUGCAGGUGGUGGUUCAAGUGCUGGAGGUGCAGUACCCACCUCUCACCUUCGAAUACUCGGGGGCGCUCACGCCACAAGUCACCAGCGUCAGCCCUGCGACAGGUCCCAGUGGCACUGUCAUCUCCCUGUCUGGCUCUAAAUUCGGCACAGACUCCGAUCUCAUCGCGGUCCACAUCGACGGCGUGGCCUGCACCGUUGCCACGGUGACAGACGCCCUGGUGACGUGUGCCGUGGGCGAGCACGCCGGGGGCACCUUUCCCAUCAUGCUCCAGCACAAGGUCAAAGGUUACGCGGAGGGCGCCGUCGUCUUCAACUACGAGCUGCAACUCACUGCCGUUGUGCCCUCAGAAGGAAGCCUGGGUGGGGGUAACCUGGUGCAGGUGCAGGGCGCUGGUUUCGACCCCCACUCCUCCCGGGUGUGGAUCUGCCAAGGAGAGUGCCACGUCCUCAGAGAUACCUCCACAUCCACCCAGCUCCACUGUCACAUACCUCCAGCCAACGGAAGUGAUGCUGAGCAGGCCUGCGUCGUCACGGUGACGAACGGCAAGGACUCUGUGAACGUCUCGGCCGGCUACACGUACAAGUCCUCCCUGACGCCCGUCAUCAGCGAGGUGUCUCCGCGGCGAGGAGGGACAGCCGGUGGCACCAGGCUCACCAUCACCGGCUCCAAUUUCAGCACCGACAAGAGUGAAGUGAACGUGACCAUCGCAGGGUCAGUGUGUGAUGUGGUGUCCGCCAACAUGAGCCACAUCGUGUGUGUCACCAACGCUCAGAGGCAGUCCCAGGAGACCAAGGUCCGCGUUCAGAUCGGGGACAAGGGCAUCGCUCAGAUGGAUCAUGCAGACUUCUUCUACAUCGACGUGUGGUCCUCUCGCUUCACCUGGGGUGGCCUGGACCCUCCUGAGGAGGGGACCUUCGCUGUCAUCACCGAGGGACAGACCAUCCUGCUGGACACCAGCACCCCCGUACUCAAGAUGCUCCUCAUCAACGGUGGAAAGCUGAUCUUUGACGAGAAGGACAUCGAGCUGCAAGCGGAGAACAUCCUGAUCGCCAACGGCGGAACCCUGCAGGUGGGAACCGAAGAGGAACCGUUCCAGCACAAAGCCAUCAUCACUCUCCAUGGCAACCUACGCUCACCUGAGAUACCUGUCUACGGAGCCAAGACCCUGGGCGUCAGGGAGGGAGUGCUCGACUUGCAUGGUAUCCCCGUCCCCGUCACCUGGACGCGCCUGGCUCAGACGGCAGCAGGUGGCUCCAACACGCUGGUCCUCACCCACCCUGUCACCUGGAGGAGCGGAGACCAGGUGGUCAUCGCCACCACUGGAGACAGACACAGCCAGAGGGAGAACGAGGUUCGCUAUAUCUCCUCGGUGUCGUCUGACGGCCGCACCCUCACCCUGACGCAGGGCCUGAACUACACCCACCUGGGGGUGUCCGUCACGCUGCCCGACGGCACCGAGUUCGAGGCCCGCGCCGAGGUGGGCCUGCUCACCAGGAACAUCGUGGUGCGCGGCUCCAACCAGAUCGAGUGGAACGACAAAGUGGAGGCCUGUCCGGAAGGCUUCGACACAGGUGAGUUCGCUACGCAGACGUGCUUCCAGGGUCGCUUUGGCGAAGAGACAGGAAGUGACCAGUUUGGCGGCUGUAUCAUGUUCCAUGCCCCCAGACCCGGAGAGAACUUGGCCAUCGGCAGAAUCGAACAUGUUGAGCUCUUCAACGCUGGCCAGGCCUUCCGUCUGGGUCGCUACCCCAUCCACUGGCAUCUGAUGGGCGAUGUCAACUUCAAGUCGUAUGUGCGCGGCUGCGCCCUGCACCAGACCUAUAACCGCGCCGUGACCAUCCACAACACGCAUCGCCUCCUGGUGGAGCGGAAUGUGAUCUACAACAUCAUGGGCGGGGCCUUCUUCAUUGAGGACGGCAUCGAGACGGGCAACGUGUUGCAGUACAACCUGGCCGUCUUCGUCAAGCAGAGCACCAGCUUGCUGAAUGACGACGUGACCCCCGCUGCCUACUGGGUGACCAACGCGGACAACGUGAUCCGGCACAACGCGGCGGCCGGUGGCACCCACUUCGGCUUCUGGUACCGCAUGCACGAGCACCCGGACGGGCCCAGCUUUGACCCUGACGUGUGCCAGCAGCGUGUGCCCCUGGGGGAGUUCUCCAACAACACGGUUCACUCGCAGGGCUGGUUCGGACUGUGGAUCUUCAAGAAGUUCUUCCCCGUCGAGGACGGCCGCUGUGGCAGCAAGAAGCCCGAGCCCGCCAUCUUCCGAACACUCACCACCUGGAACUGCGAGAAGGGUGCAGAGUGGGUGGACGUGGGAGCGGUGCAGUUCAACGGCUUCGUGAUGGUCAACAAUGAGAAGGCGGGUAUCGAGGGCAAGCGCAUCAUCAGUGACUUUGUGCGUGACUUUGGGCUGGAGCAGGGGGCGGCGGUGGUCAACGGCAGUAUGGUGGGUUACCUGGACGAGCUGAUGCUGGGUAGCGACUACUGCCAGACCAGGGGCGUCAUCCUGCCCCUCGACGACGGCAUGAGCGUCAUCGGCACCAAGUUCAUGAACUACGAUCGGCCGAGCUGCACAGCGAUUGGAGUGGCAGCCAUAGACGGGACAUGCAGUGAGCUGUGCGGAGGCUGGGGGGCGCGCUUCUCUGGGAUCCAGUACUACAACUCCCCCAACAAGGCCGGCUUCCGCUGGGAACACGAGGUCAACCUCUUGGACAUGGACGGCACUCUCACAGGCACGGCGGGCAGUGUGGUGGUUCCGGCGAGCGGCCUGCUGGACCCGUCUCGGUGCGUGUCUGCUUCCGAGUGGAGCGUGGGCUUCCCCGGGGUCGUCUGCCAGCCCGGCAUCACCUUCCACCGGCUGUCAUUCAACAAGCCCACCCCCACCUCCCUGGAGGGAAACCCCGCAGUCUUCUCCAACAGCUUUGGCGCAAGUACGGUACUGCACAUGAAGAAGCGGAUGACCCACCCCAAGGGCUGGAUGAUCAUGUUGGCAUCAGGACAGACCUACAGGUGGCACUUUGAUGGCGGUGCCCAGCUCACCAACAUCUCCUAUGACUCUGUCUUCUACGGCUUUAAGCCUGAUGAGUACAUCAUCAUCAACCACAACCUUACCCAGUCUCCAGACAGUAUCUAUGUGAUGGAUAAGCGUAACGCCUCUGCUGCUCCUCUGAGCCACGCUGCCAAUGUCAAUGGAGACUGGUACCUGGACAAGGCCACCAACAACCUCUACUACAUCAUCUCUGGUAAGAACACCCACAGUUCUCGGCGUCGGCGUGCUGCUGCCAGCUCCAGUGUGGACCCUGAGGGCUUGGACAGGAAGGUGGACUUCCAGGUCUUCAACUGUUUCUUCGCUAACUGCAUUCCCCCGACCCCGGCCCCACCUGCCACACUGCCCCCCCUGCCCACACGCAGACCUGAUAACUUCAUCAAAUGGUCCAACAACUCGUUCUGGCUCCACUCCGCUGAGAACAACAACACUGUUCCCAAAGAAGGCUCAGACGUGGUCAUUCCCAUCGGCCAGUGGGUGGUGCUAGAUGGCAGCACUCCUGCUCUGAACAGGCUGACGGUGCAGGGUGUGCUGGAGGUGCCUAACGACAUGAACUCCAACUCCUCCCGCUCGACGCGCUCCACCGACCCCGUCGUACUCGACGCUACCUACAUCUCCAUUCAGGGUGGGCGUGUGAUUGCGGGCUGGGCUGACGAGCCCUACGAGGGGGAGCUCCACAUCGUGCUGAGGGGGACCCACUACACCCCCAACUGGCUGCUCCCCAACGGCCCCAACCAGGGCUCCAAGGUGCUGGGCGUCUUCGGCAGCCUGGACCUGUACGGCAAGCCCCACAACGUCUACCACACCAAGCUGGCCAGCACCGCCUCCGCCGGCUCCAACACGCUCACGCUCAGCAAGGCCGUGGACUGGCAGGUGGGUGAUGAGGUGUUGAUCUCCACCACCAGCUAUGACGCCUGGCAGACGGAGAAGAGGACCAUCGCCGCCGUCUCUGAUGACAUGACAACGCUCACACUCAACCAGCCGCUCACACACACUCAUCUCGCGGGGACCUAUAGCGUGGCCGGCUCCUCCAAGAGCUACACGCUAGCGGCCGACGUCGGCCUGCUGACCAGGAACAUCAAGAUCAUAGGCCACGCCCACGCAGAACUCAUGAGCCAAUCGUUUGGCGCUCGCGUGGUGGUCGGAACGUUCUCAGACAAGGGAAUCGACUACAGAGGCAAAGCCCAGCUGAGGAAUGUGGAGUUCUACCACUCAGGGCAGGAGGGCUGGUCCGACGCCAGCGACCCACGCUACUCUGUGGCCUUUAUCAACCUGGGACAGGUGGAUGAUAUGGAGUCGUACGUGCAGGGAUGUAGUUUCCAUGACGGCUUCUCUCCUGCCAUCGGCAUCGUUGGCACUGACACACUCGCUGUAGACGACAACGUCAUCCACCACACUGUUGGAGAAGGUAUCCGCGUGUGGGGCGACAGGAAUAUGAUCAGGAGGAACCUGGUUACCCUGACACUGUGGCCUGGCUCCUACCAGGGGAGAGAGGAGACCUUCAACUUCGACUGGACCGCCAGCAUAGCGGUGAAUGAAGGCACAAACUCGAUUCUGAUUGGCAACAUUGUGGCGGGCUAUGAAAGGUCGGGGUACCGCAUGGAUGGAGAGCCGUGCCCAGGUGUGGCCAAUCAGGUGGAGUCGUGGCGUGACAACGAGGCCCACGGUGGGCUGUACGGCAUCCACAUGAAUAAGGACGGGCUGCCGGGCUGCACCCUCAUCCAGGGCUUCACCGUCUGGAGGAGCUUCGACUUCGGCAUCUACGUCCAGGCUUCCAUGAAUGUGCAGAUUGCCAAUGUGACCCUGGUGGAUAACGGCCAGAGCAUCCUGCCCAUCGUCUACACCCCUCCCUCUCUGCAGCACCUCUACGCUGAUAAAACCAUACACAUCCAGAACGGCCUGCUUGUAGGCACCAGUCCAGACUUCAACUGCUCCGACACGCUGUCCAGCUCUGCCACCUACGUCCGCCUCAGCAGGCAGCACAAAGCUCCUCGACCUCCAAUGGGUGGGAGGUCUGGUAUUUGCUGGCCAGUGUUCAUAUCGGGCCACAAUGCCGGGCCUUUGAUGUCCCUAUCUGGCUCCACCAGCUACAACACCAUCAAGGGCCUGAUGACAGUCAGCGACACAACAUUCGUGGCUUUCCGGAACGUGUGCUCGACGGAGAGGGCGGUAAUGUUCAUGACCACUCCCAACGUUGAGGACCUCCAGCACCCCGUACAGGUGAAGGGCAUCGCCCAGGUCGACAGCACCCAGGAUGGGAUGGUGUUCAUACACCGCGCCAACCUCGGCAAGGUGAACCCUGCCGACUGUGUGGACAUGGACUGCGAUGCCAAGAAGAAGAGUUUGCUGCGUGACAUGGACGGCUCCUUCCUGGGUGCCGAGGGCUUCGUGGUGCCCCACGCCGAGUACGAGUGGGACGGGGACGCCCGGCACGGCGUUGGGGACUACCGCAUCCCUAAGGUCAUGCUCACCAACCCUGACGGCAGCCGCAUACCUGUCGACGACAUCGCGCCACGCAAAGGCAUCAUCAGGGACUCGUCGUGUGUGUACGUGCCUCAGUGGCAGAGCUACAAGUGCUUUGGCCUGAACUACAGGAUGCUGGCCAUCGAGAGCAUGGACGCCGACACCGAGACCAGACGCCUGUCCCCUGUGGCCGUGCUGGGAGACGGAUACGUCGACCUCAUCAACGGUCCCCAGGACCACGGUUGGUGUAACGGCUACACGUGUCAGAAGCGUCUGUCCCUGUUCCACAGCCUGGUGGCCACUGGCAAGGCCUUCGACAUCUUCUUCUCCAGCGUCACCCCACAGAAGCUGCGCUUCAUGCUCAUCAACGCCAAGCCCACUGAGACUGUCCGCGUAGCUGUGUUCUACUCCAACCCUCAACGCCUGGAUGUCUAUGUCAACAACCAGCUGGUGCCUCCCACCAACGCAGAGUGGAACAGCGAUAACACCGACUACACCCUGCUCAAGCCCACCACCCAAGGCCAGUAUGUGCCGGCGAUGAACUCCAGCGUUAACGGGGCCAACUUCCUGGAUGCGGACUACAAGAUGCUGCACGUGCUCCUGCGCGGCUCGGAGCCGGUGGAGAUCCGCACCUCCCCCAAGAUCUUCCUCUCCUUCAACCUGCCGGCCAUGAGCGAGGACGAGUUCUUUGGAGACGGACUAGUCAACAACCUGGCAGUGUUCCUCAAGGUGCCAGCCAGUAUGAUCCGCAUUACCAAGAUCGUGCGUGAGGAUGGCGGUGCCAAGAGGCGCAAGAGGUCCACUGGGCUCUCAGUAGAGGUGGAGAUCAGUAAACCACCCGUACAGCAGACAAGCAACACCACCGACGGUGAGGAGGCGUUUGCUGAGAUGGCCAGCAUAGCUGACAGCCUGGGCCAGGCGGCCCUCUCUGGCAACCUCAGCCAGGCCACUGGAUACAACGUCUCAUCCAUGGGCAUCAUCCCACCCCCACCCACACCUUCAGACCCAGAAUGGGAAGAGGAGGCGACUAAGGAGGUGACUCGCGAGGACCCGGAGCCGGAGAAGGUGACGAGUGUGGAGUCCUUGAAGGUGAUGCAGGAGCCGGUGGCCGGAGUCAGCCCAGGACUACUGAGCCAGCAGCCCAGCAUCAUGGCACUUGACGCAGAGGGUGACUGUGUGGCAGUGGGGGUGACCACUCUAACUCUGUCAGCGGUGCUGAAGGACUCCACUGGCUCCCAGGUGGACGGCCUGUCUGGAAACACCACCAUCCUCUUCAGGGGCUGCUGGGCCAACUACACCGACCUCGCCAUCACCAUGCCUGGUGAGAACUUGACUCUGGCGUUCACUCUGAAAGAGGUCAACGCCGCAUCACGCUCUUUCACCGUCAAGGCCGCCACCACCACGGCCAGCCCUGUGACCAACAACGGCACCGACGCCACCACCACCACCAUGCCCGAUGUCUCCGCACCUCCCACUGAGGCCCCCACCACCACCACCACCACCACCGCCUCUACCGUCUCCACCACCACCGUGGCGUCCACCACAGAGAACGACUACCCCGGUAUACUGGACGCGGCUGUGGCUCCAUCCACAGGCGCUCUGCUGCUCCUUGUCACCCUCCUGGCUAGCCUGCUCUUCACCAACCAUGCUGUCCUCUGAGGAGGUGGCAGCAGCCAUCUUGGAUGAAUGGCGGCCAUUUUGGAUGAAUGCCGGACAUUUUGGAAACCGAUUAACGUUAAAAUUAAUAUUUUGUAAGGAUGAGAAGAACACAAUUUGAUGAUGGUUACUGUUGACGGUACUUGAUAUGUUGACUACGUCUGCUGCACAUUAUUUAAUUUUUUUGUUUCUCUGUUGGGGAAUAACUGUAUGGUGAGAGAUUCCUACCUCCUGAAGUGACUGUUACAUGUAAGAUGUACCAUGACAGGGAAACGUUCAUGAAGGAUAACUUAAUCUAUGUUUGAAAUAUCAUGUGGAAAAAUCAUUGUAAAAAACAAUCUUGAAUUCCUGUAUAUCUGUCGCUGUAAAAGGGAAAUGAAUGUUACUUCUUCUUUUUGCCAUAUGAACUCUUCCUUGGGUAGCUAUAUUGGGAUGUUUACAGACUUCUGUAUAGAUUGCAUGAUCAUAUCAUGCUUUCUUUAUUUGUGUGCCACAUAUUUGGGUCUUAAUUAUGCAUUUUCAUGACAAUGAUUUUACUGUAAUCAGGAAUUUUGCACUUUCUUUGGACCAGGGGGUGGCCCUAUCCAUAUUUUUCCAAUAAAUCUAUUUUUCUGUGCCAUAAACCACCGUGAUCUGAUUUUUUUGUUUG